AUCACAUUCCUUUCGGAGUUCGACUUCAUCUGCUUGUGGUGAGCUAUGAAGGGUUAUUCCUGGUCUCUCCUGCAGCUCGCCUUCACAGGCGCAGCUCUUGCUACAGUGCCGUUAUCCGACGUGAAGCGCAUUUCUUCCGCUUCCGUCGUCCCUAACAAGUUUGUCGUGGAGGUUGAAAGUGCUAGCGAAAUCCCUGGCAAGAGGUCUCUCUACACGCCCCAUGAACUGUUCUAUCGUUCGCUUUCGGCUCGUGGAGUCUCCUACGAGGUCAACAAAGAAUACAAUUCGGAAGGUCUAUUUGUUGGGGCUGUUGUCACCGUCUCUGAUGCGAAUGAUGUCAAAGCAUUGGCUGAAACCCCUGGUGUCAAGGCCAUCAGGCCUGUGAGAACAAUCAAAAGCCCAAAACCGGUCAAGGUCCAUGUCGUCACUGGUAAAGACGAUCCCGAGAUACCCGCCGACACAGAGUCCACACAUAUCAUGACUGGGGUGAACAAACUUCACGCACAAGGCAUAUUUGGCGCUGGAAUCAAAAUUGGAAUCAUCGACACAGGAAUUGAUUAUACACACCCAGCUCUUGGAGGAGCUUUGGGCGCCGGCCAUAAGGUCAUUGGUGGAUAUGACUUUGUCGGUGAUGCUUACGAUGGCACCAAUACCCCCGUGCCUGAUAACGACCCGCUUGACCAGUGUAACGGGCAUGGCACUCAUGUUGCGGGUAUCAUUGGCGCGAAUCCGGAUAAUCAAUUCAAUAUCAGCGGUGUCUCUUACGGCGCAUCCUUGUCGUCAUACAGGGUUUUUGGCUGCAGUGGAUCAGUCUCAGACGACAUCAUCAUAGAAGCUUUGUUGCGUGGGGUCCAAGACGGUCAGGACAUCCUCACCUUGUCCUUGGGUGGUACGGACGGCUGGACCGAAAGCUCUAGCUCUGUAGUCGCUAGUCGCAUUGCUGCCUCGGGCAAGAUCGUCACGAUUGCUGCUGGCAAUGAGGGCGCUUAUGGCUCGUGGUACUCUUCCAGCCCUGGGAAUGGAAUCGACGUCAUCUCUGUUGCUAGCAUUGACAAUACCGUCGAUAAUAUCCAGAAUGCCACAGUCAACGGUGUCGAGCAUGGCCCCAUCCCCUACUUCAAGACUCUUCCCUUGCCCUUCACUAACGCAUUACCCCUCUACGUGAUAUCCAAUGACACCACCAUUGCCAACGAUGCCUGCAAUGCUUUGCCAGACAACACUCCAGACUUGUCUGGAUUCUUGGUCCUCGUUCGUCGUGGAUCCUGCACUUUUGUUCAAAAACUGACGAAUAUCGCCGCCAAAGGUGGAAAUGCAGUCUUCAUCUACGAUAAUGGAAACGGGUUUGCUGGUAUUGACACAGGCAAAUUCACAAACGCGACCUUGAUCCAGGCAGCGGAUGGAGUGUUUUUGGCCCAACAAGUCGCAGCGGGAAAGAGCGUCACAAUAACUUUCCCGCAAACAGGUGGAUCUGCCCAGAUUACCAAUCCCUCAGGCGGUCUGGUCUCUAGUUUCACCACAUAUGGACCUACGAAUGACUUCUACUUCAAGCCUGCGUUUGGUGCUCCAGGUGGGAACAUCCUGUCUACGCUGCCCGUUCCUCUAGGCAGCUAUGGUGUGGAGUCCGGAACAUCUAUGGCAACACCCUAUGUCGCUGGCAGCGCUGCUUUACUCUUAUCUGUAAAGGGAAAGUCUGCCGCCGUAGCUUUAGGUGCUCGGACAUUGUUCCAGAGCACAGCCCAGCGUGUGCCUUCGAGCCACACAGACGGUGAUCCUUUGCAGACCCUCUCGCAACAGGGUGCUGGCUUGAUUGAUGUUUUCAAGGCGCUCUACACUGAGACCAUCGUAUGGCCAACUGAGCUGAUUUUGAACGAUACGGCUCAUUAUAAGGAAGUUCACACCUUCACCGUCGUGAACACCGGGAAAACCAGCAAGCAGUACAAGCUCACUCAUGUUCCCGCUGGGACUGCUCAAACCAUCACCUCUGGUACUAUUUUCGCUGCCGAUGGGCCUGUGCCUCUUUCUACGGAUUACGCGACCGUGAAAUUGAGCUCGAGUUCGUUCACGCUUCGCCCAGGACAGAGCAAGCAAGUAACGACGCACAUUAAUGCGCCAUCCGGUGUCGACGCCUCCACAUACCCUGUAUUCUCUGGCUUCAUCGAAAUCGCCACCGCGACCGAGAGCGUGCAUGUCACAUACUUGGGCCUCGCCGCAUCGCUGAAAGACAAGCAGAUCGUGGACAACACGAACGAGUUCUUCGGUAUCACGAUUCCUGCCGUACUCAACAACACCGGCGACGCGCAACUUAGUCCCACAAAUUACACGUUCAGCGGCUCAGACUUCCCCACGCUACUCCUUCGUUUGGCCUUCGGCACGCCCCUUCUACGUGUGGACCUCGUCGAUGCAACGAUUGAUUUGAAGCCAACCCUUAACAGUCGCGAAAUCGAUGACAAAAGACACGUCUUCGAGCGGGAAUCGUUCUCUUUCCCUCACCCUGGACCCAAGGGAAGCACAUUCGCCCAGGUCAAAAUCGUCGGCACGCUUUCCGAGCAAAGCCAUAUCCCACGCAACUCGGACGCAUCUACUGUUGAUGAUGGCGGAUACUCUACGUUUGCGUUCAACAAGCCCAGCUUCGCCAACGGCACUACGAUUCCCAACGGAACGUACCGGUGGCUGCUCCGUGCGCUAAAGGUGACAGGAGAUCCUACGAAGGAGGCAGACUUUGAGACUUGGCUCAGUCCUAUCGUAGGCAUCACCGUCGCUUAAGCACUCUCACCGCUAUUUGCGUCCCCACACAAAAACCACGCUCUUUAGUAUGUAUCGCGUUCUUCACAACACGCCGACCUCUGUACCGUUCUGCACCACACCGCUCUCUGUAUCAUGGACAUCUUUUAUGUAUCUAGACGGUCCGUGGAUACAAUGGUAUGGCUACGACAUUCUUUUC